UUUUUCACCUCUCUGUAAAGAUAAGCUCACAUGCUCUCCUCUCUCUCUCUCUCUCUCUCUCUCUCUCUCUGAAUAGAGCCUGAUUUCUUAUAACCAGUUUAAAGUACUUCAACAAGCUUACUCAUAAGUCAUAACCUCUCCCUCUCUCUCUCUCUCUCUAUAUAUAUAUAUAUAUAUAUAUAUUUCUCAUGAAGACUUGUUAGCAUGAGAAUGAUGUGACCAAAUUCAGAUGUUACAAAGGAGCUAGGAAAACCAAAAAAGAAAAAAUGGUGGAAGAACAACAUGGCUAUGCGUGGCCACCCAUCGGAGCUCCUCUGAACAUGCAAAGAGAGGAUCAGAACGCGAGAUAUUUCGACAGCUCGGUCAAUGCGGUGUCGUUUGGGUUUGUUGCUACGGCCAUUCUGAUAUCCAUGUUCUUGGUCAUGGCCAUCUUUGAGAGAUUCCUCAGACCCACCUCGCCGGAUUUGUCGCCGUCCGGUCGCCGGACCCACCGAGAUCUCGAAACCCAGUUGGGCUUCAAUGCCAAGCUUGCUCAUCCCUCGCCCAAAAUGACUAUUUAUGCGAGUGGAGUCUCUGUUUUGAUGCCUGGAGACAACAUUCCAACCUUCAUAGCGCACCCGGCGCCCGUCCCUUGUCCUCCAGACCGCGUUUCAUGGCCCCAACAUCAACAUACUUCAUUGCCAACUCUUCCCUCGAACUCCUCGACCUCAAACGCAAACUCAAAUCCACAAGUUCAAAACUAAGAAACAAAAUGUCCCCGUGUUUCAUGUCGGAUUUGAUUCCUCAUUUUAUAAACUCAAGCAGAAGGUACUGAGGAAUGUGCAUGGCAAGCAAUUCUGGGCCACAUUCAAUCAGUUUGCCCCUUUUUUUCUCUCUGCAAGAGCUCUUUGAUUCUGUAUAUAACAUUCAUAGAUUGGCAGACCAAAUGCACUUUGCUUCAGAUCCCUGACCAUGUUGCGUGGUAUCAGAUUUUCCAAAAUGACUUGGAUCCAUAGAGAUGGAUUAUAUAUUGUU